AUGUUAGAAAACAUCAUGGAGUCAGAAAAUCAAAGUGUUGUAUGUGGUUUACAUUUGACAAAUUUUCUCUCAUCAUUUCAGGAGUUAGAGGAAUUCUGGGCCUAUCAAGAACUACUGGGAACCUUUGUCAAGCGUCUGACUUAUUGUGUAUCUGCAGAACUCCUACCACUCAUGGAAAUACCCGGCGUCAAACUGGGUAGAGCUAAGCAGUUAUACAAUGCUGGAUUCCAGUCUGUGGCGUCAGUGGCGGCUGCUGAUCCCGAGAUCCUUGUUAAAUCCAUACAGCAGAUCCCUCGUAAAGCGGCCAAACAGAUCGUCGCUUCCGCAAAAGUUUUACUAAAUGAGAAAGCUGAGGUCUUACUACAGGAAGUGGAGGAACUGAUGACGGUUCCGGUCGACCGAUCAGCUGUACAGAGUUCACAGGGUCAAGCCUCUCCCUGGGAUGACAUGGACUUGUUUUCUAGUCUUAUACACAGUCCUCUACCUCAUUAUGAAAACUGACAUCCUGUUUACUUGGACAAAAAGUGCAUUUAGAAAAUGAGGGAAUAAUCAUGAACCCCACAAAUGAUUUACGUGUAAAUUCCUGCCGUCCUUUGGGUUUAAAUAAGUUGAAUGUGACGUCUUAGUUAAACAGACUGUAGUGCUUAGGUUGUUCAAUUGUUCAUUUAACUUCUGAAUAUACAGAUUGCUAUUUUUUUUUACAUGAAAGAUAAUUACUUGUACCUAGUCAAAUAUGUAUGUAGCAUACAAAGUGAAUGUGCAAGAUCGGUGUCUGCUAAUGAAAGAGUGAUGCUUAAAGAAAUAU